AUGAUGGGUAAUACCAUGCGAGGCGUCAUCACCUUCAUUCCUUCUGAACGUAUUCAGCGCUUCUUAAUGGGAGAUCUGAAGGAGAUGCCCCUUGAUCGGACCCUGGACCUGAGUGGCCGGCAUCUGCGUCGUCUGCCUGCUGCCGCCUGUGUCUUUGAUGAGCUGGUGAAACUUUACCUGAGUGACAACAACCUCAGCAGCCUCCCUGCUGAGCUGCAGGGGUUGAAGAAGCUGCAGCUCCUGGCCCUCGACUUUAACUGCUUUGAGGAGCUACCUGCAGCUGUUUGCAAACUACCACAGCUCAGCAUCCUUUAUCUGGGUAACAAUAGGCUUUACCACCUCCCGAGAGAACUUAGGGACCUUAAAGAACUCAACACUUUGUGGCUGGAGACUAACUGCUUCACUGUUUUUCCGAAGGUGGUGUGUGAACUUUCCAAUCUGAAGACCUUGCACCUUGGUUAUAACCAGAUACGGAGUUUACCAAAAGAACUGAGUGGAUUGGAAGAGCUAAGAAGUAUCUGGCUUGCAGGAAAUCAGUUGACAGAGUUCCCACCAGUUUUGCUGGAAAUGCACUAUCUAGCUGUUAUUGAUGUGGACCGCAAUAAAAUACGUCGCUUCCCAGGCUUAUUCCACAUGCAGGGGUUGAAACUCGUAAUCUAUGACCACAACCCCUGUGUUAAUGCUCCGGCAGUGGGCGAAGGGGUUAGAAGGGUUGGGCGCUGGGCAGACAGCCCUGACACUGACAAAGAAGAUGAAGGGUCAAAGACUGCAAGUGAAACUACAGUCGAGGUCACGGAGGUGCACAAUGACGAAGAGCAUAACAUUUAA